CCGUGUGUGCGUUAAUUUUGUACGCUUCCCACCUCUUCCUGACUUCGUUUCGCACUCUGUGCGACCUCUUGCCAUGUCCCCAUCAUCUUCCUUUGACCAUCGGUGAUGUCCUUUCAGUACCUCUCUUUUCAGCGCUCCCCGCCUGCUCGCCUGCAGUACGGUCAGCAGGUGGUCAUCUCACCCCUGGUCACCAAUGAUCUUCGGGAAGCCAAGUUCAACCCAGAAGAGGGAGAGCUGCCGAUCGAGAUCGCCUGGGUGCGAGAGAAUGGCGCUCGUCAAUGGACGCUCGUCAAGAGGGAGGAGCAGAUCAAAUGGAGAGGAGAGGAGACUUCCUGGAAGAAGGUGGAGCUGACUGCGCCGAGCAGAGAGGAGAUGAGGACCCAGGAAGGAAAGAGCUGCGUCCGCCUGGCGAUGUGGGUAGCCAACCAAGGGCGGACACGGCGAGCGGGUCAGAAGCAGAACGGUAACAGCUCUUCUGGUUCCUCUCGGCCCUUCAAGAAGCCGAGAACCGGCUCAGGAAAGGACUUGUGUGAGGCUGAGCUUCUGAACAGGCUCGUGGUAGACCCAUACGAGGCCACUAUCCGCGCUAUGCGAGACCAAGAAGACGUCUUUCUGCCAGUCUUGACCCCUCCAAUCAUGCUAUACGGCCAUGACGGACCAUCUGCUGUGCUCAAUGGCGGUCAGACGCAGAAGUUCUCCGAGAUCGCACGCCUCUGGCAUAUACCACCUAGCUGGACUCAUCGCUGUCAAGCAGCUGAUGACAAUGGUGCAAGCAGGAGGUACAUCGAGGUACGAGAAGAGCUUGGGUAUCAGCUGGACAAGCACGUCUGGGACGCUUCACUUGCCUUGAUGGCAAGCCUUUGUCUCAAGCCGCAGGAGCGGUUGAUCCAACAAGAUCAAUGCGACAAGUCUUCGAGCGGCCCUCCACCUCAAGACCUGUUUGCUGCCGCCAGAGGUUGUGUCAGCAUAGAGCUGGGCACUGGAACGGGCUUGCUGUCCUUGUGGCUGGACAAGGUUCGUCGUUCUUCGGCAGUUGCUACUGCUGGGAGCAGCACUCCAGAGAGAGACCAGACCUGCCGGCUAUUCCUGACUGACCUCGAGGAUUCACUAGCUUUGGCAGAGUCGAAUGCUUGUCUGAAUGCAGAUAAUACGGAAGUUCCCAGUUGUACCUCGCCGGAGGGCGCGGGCUCAGGUAAUGCGUCGACUCUCCGCAUGCUAGGUCUAGACUGGUUCUCUACAGGCUUGCAGCCAGAGCUCGUAGAGGCUAUUGAGGGCUCGUAUAAGGGCCAAGAUAGUGGGAUAAACCUGACCGCUGCUCCGCCUCGACCACACCUUCUCGUGCUGGCCUCGGACUGCUCAUACAAUCCAGACGCCUACCCAGCCCUGGCGGGGACAAUCAAGCGCCUCCUAGGCGCCGGCGACGCCUCAUCUUCUGACUCUCAAGCCAGCGACCAGCGACAGGCAAUGUGUCUCCUCGCCAAGAAGCAUAGAAAUCCGGACGAGCAAUCGCUCUGGGAUGCGCUGCUGAACGAGGGGCUGCAAGUCACAUUGCAGCAAGGAUGGCAUGACGAUUACACGAGGCAUGCGGGCAUCGCAGAAGGAGAGGACAUUGACCCUGGAGAUGCAGUAGAGAACGCCCGAGAGCAAGAAGGCCUGGGAAAGUGCGGUAUCUAUCUCAUUACUCUCGCGGGAUGCGAGGUGUGAAGCAAGCAGAGGGUAUCAUUGUUAUUGUACAUA